AUGGCGACAACUUCCAUUAUUGAAGACCUGGAGGUGUCACUCAGCGCCAGCGAGCAGUCACAGACAGUCAAAGCAAAAGUCCGGAACCUCAGCACCUCCACUACGUACACAUUCUUCACCUGGGAUACCGUGCUUGACUCAUUGAGUCCCUUGGCGACAGGCACUUUGCAAUUGCGAUCGAAGUCUUCCGGACAGGCGAUUGAGAGCCCUAGAGUACUAGCCCGUCGUGUUAUGCCACCCAGACGAGAAGAUCUGGCUGAGAUCGCACCAAAAUCUGAAACUUCCAACGAAGUGAUGUUAAAAGGGCCCUGGCUUCCGCAGGAUGCGGAAGCGUACAUCGUGCGGGCCGUAGGAUCAUGGAGAGCCGUGUGGAGGAAGCCGAUUUCAGAGAUUAGCGAUGCCGAGCUGGAGUCCAUAGAAGGCGAUAUCGCAGAAGGAACUUUUGAAAGCAAUGACUUGGUCGUGAGUCUAGCAUGA